CCUGUCUGUUGUUUUUCGUCCGGCGGGGUAUGUACCGGGUCUUUCCUGUGGGAUUUUUUGAAAAUUAUGAAUGUAGAUGAUCUUCAAUCAUCUUACUUCUUAAUUUCGCCUGCCCACUUUAAGAUAUUUUAAAUCUUUGCUCUAUAAAUGCUGUGUCUUGAAAAAGAUACAUAAAUAACUAAAAAAUUCAAAGCUUCACAAUGGACGAAAAACUGAAGAAAAUUUGUCCGAACUGCAGUCAGCUCUACAACUUACGAUCGCUGACUCCUGUGCUCAGGGGAAACAUCCCACUUUUCCUAAAAUGUGGGCAUUCUAUGUGCGAAUCAUGCAUCAGGAAUAUUGUUAAAUUUGCUGAACCCAUAGAGUGCAAAGUAUGCCACAAUGAUAUGGAAGUCAAAUCAUCCGAUGUGGCUUUGUCAUCUUUGAACAAGUCGUUAUUGUACCAAGUAUUCCCAGUAAAUGUAUUUCUGCUGGGAGAACUCACUUUACAAUUCAUGGAGGAUAACAGCCAGACGCAAAAUGGAAAACACGAAGAUUACUACAUUGAUUUACAAAAAAUUAUCCAAAGCGUUGACAGCACCAAAGGCCAAUGUUUGGAGUGCCAUAUUCCUACAACAAAAAUGUGCAAACAAUGUGCCACAAUUUUAUGUGAUACAUGUUUUAAUAAAACACACAAAAACUUUGUUGUGUUUAAAAACCAUGUCCUGACUAAUAUUGAAGAAGUAAUGGAACCCAACCACUGCAAAGUACACAAAGAUAAACCUCUUGACUAUUACUGCAAUGAUUGUUCUAAAUCCAUUUGUAUGGACUGCUUGAUGGUCGGUGGUGAAAAGUCAUGCAAGGACCAUAAUGUGGUGUCUAUGCAGGAAGUAAAUGCAAAAUUCUAUGAAGAUAUAAACCAAAUAUCGCCUAAAGUCGACGAAACUUAUAAGAGACUGACUAAAACAGCUGUAGACAUUGGCAACAUAUUGCACAAUAUGGAAAACGACACAGGUGCUACUUGUGAGCUCACCAAUAUAAUAGCAGAUAUAGAACAACACUUUUCUAAACUAACAUCCAAAAUUCAAAGUCACAAAAAAGAAGUGAUAGAUAUAAUACUUACAUUGAAAUCUGCUGAAAAGGACUCACUACGAAAAGCUAAAAAUGAUGUUUCUAAUGCCUUAAAAAAUGCGAAGAAAGUCUUAAACACUAUUAAUUGCUCGUCAGAUCCUGAAAAGCAGAAACAGAUUAAUCUUUCAGUACUUUUGGAGAGUGCAAAGGAAAUAAUCAAUGCACCAUGGUAUUUGAGCAAAGACGAAAAUAGUAAUGAUCCUCUAAAGGUGGCAGUUAACGAAGACUUGUGUGCUUUGAUAACGGAUUACAUACACCUAGAAGGAAAUGUAAAGUCGGUGUAUAAACUGCAGUCCACUUUGGAACUAGGGGCUGACGUAGAAAUACCACCCGCUCCAACUGCACCGGUUUACCCACCUGAACUGCCAAAAGAUGUGAGACAGCAAAAGAAAAAGAAGCCUGCUGAUACAGAAGAGAACAGAAGCAAUGCCACCCGAGAUUAUAAACCUGGGUUUUCCAUGAACGCGCCUAAGUAUCGCAGCAAGAGUGGUUCCGUGUCGUCACUCAACUCCUGUGACAGCGAAUCCUCGUACAAAAGCUACAUUACACGAAAUGAGCCAAACAGACCGAUCGUUCAACAUGUUCAGCCAUUUGAAGAAAGCCGUCACCCGAAACCGAUAUAUGAAGGCUCCCAGGAGUUAAUCUACAUAACGCAUAUAGUUGAUCCACACAACUUCUUUGUGCAGCGUUCUUGCCAUCAAAGGCUCGUAAAAGAUAUGAUAAGAGAGUUCCGUAAUGCAAACUCUAUGCCGAAACCGUCUGUCAACCAUAUAACUGAAGGUAAAGUGUACCUCGUAUUCAACAAGGCGGACAAUAUGUGGCAGAGAUGCCGCGUCAUGCGGAUUGAUCGCAAAAAUCAAAGUCAGAUACAAGUGCAAGUGUUUUGCUUCGACUUUGGCAGCAUCGAAUUUGUGGGGAUUGACAAGUUGCGUUUGCUGCCGCCGGCAAGGCUUCAAGAUCCGAGCCCACUAGCUCUAAACUGCUCACUGGCAAACUGCGUACCUAAAACCGGAAGAUGGACAAGCGACGACUCCAUCCUUAUCCAGAAUAUUAUCGACAAUAAACAAGCGGUCAUGCACGUCCGCCACAUCCGCUCUAACGAGUGCAUGGUGACGUACGAGUGUGACGUCACGACUUUCGAAGACAGCGUGAGCGUUGCGCACGCGCUGGUGUUCCACGACCGCGCCAAACUGAUCAACCCGAGGCUGCCUUAUCCAUCACCAACGAACAUAAUGGAUAGGCCAAAAAUAUUCAUGAGCAACAAUGACUUCAAACCAAAGUCCAUUGAGGAGGCGUACAUUACACAUAUUGUUAGCCCAGAUAAAUUCUACGUAAGAAAGCGUCAUUUGCAAAGCAUAUAUGAGAAGUUAUGUGAAGAUCUGGAUCAAGAGUACAGUCUGGGCGUUAACAACGGCAGUAUUUAUCUACCUGAAAUUGGCAUGGUAUGCGUCGUGAACACCGACAAGUAUCGCGCGGAGCAACCGGAGCUGUCGUCUUGGGAGCGCGCCAUCGUCAUGGAGCUGCCUGGCCGCGGCCGCGCGCGUCUUCUGCUACCAGACUGCGGCGCGUCGCUGCUGGCGCACUGGGGCUCGCUGCGCCGCAUCCACCGCCACUUCACCGCGGCCAAGGCGCUCGCCACGGAAUGCUACCUAGCGGGCGUGACUCCUCUCAACAAGAAGUGGAGCACCGGCUCUGUGGCGCUCCUGCGCAAGUAUCAAGAGCGCUUGUUGGAACUACACGUGGAUGACACCCGCGCCCGCGCCGUGGGCGUUACGCUAUACGACAAGACUGACGUCGAAGACGUGAUCUGUAUCAACAAUGAGAUGAUCAAGCACAAGUUUGCUGUCACGUUCGGAUUAUUCAAGUUCAACAAAAAUGACGCCCAAGAUCAAGUCAUUACAAACAAGUCUCCUCUUGACCCACCGAAACAAUACCGAAAACCAAAACCUGAAGUGACCAUCCUGAAAAAACAAAGUUCUCCUAAAAAGAAAAUAAAAGAACAAGAUUUGGAAGCAAAAGAUAAGGGUCCGCUCCGGCUGGAAGCCAAACUUCUGCAUUACCAAUCCCCGUCGUUGCUAUACAUCUCGCUGCUCCAUCAGAACAAAUUGUUCCACGAUUUGUAUGAAAAAAUACAAAAGUACUAUACGACGACGAAAACUCAGGGCAAAAGCGAAUGGGCGGUCGGUGACAGAUGCUGCACGAUUUGUGCUCAAUCGCAGACGUGGCGGCGCGCCGUCAUAGUCGAAUUUGAAAAGGACAAUGCGAAGAUAUUUUACUCGGAUUUCGCGUGUAUUGAGACGGUGCCGACCGCCAGCUUGAAGGAGCUGCCGAAUGAAUUCGCGGCGGUAGGCGACGCCGCUAUCAAAUGCCACCUGUGCGGCGUCAUCCCAGCAGUCGGCGACGAGUGGCCGUCUCUCACGAAGGAGUACCUCAAGGAACUCCUAGAUGCCUACAAGAGAAUAUUCAUCACCAAAUUAGGCUCAUUCAAAAACAAAAGCAUGCCCAUCGAAAUCUGGGUGUAUCACACCACUCAAGGCGGCGCUUUGGAGCCUAAUAAAUCCGAAUGGCGGUGUUUGAACAAGAAAAUCAUUGAACAGGGUUUGGGGAUACCAGAUAAAGUUCAGGAGGUCACUUCUCCUGAGAAUCUAGGCAGUGAUGAUGAAAUGUUAUCAUUUCUAAAUAUAACAGGAUCAGUAAAUGAAUGGCUUCAGUUGGAAUCCAUGCCCAUAAAACCACUUCUAAAAGAUGACAGUGAGUCUGUAAGCGAUACCCCCUCACCAAAUGUACUUGAUGAGGUUACUGAUGAAAUGAAUGAAUUCUUGAAGAAUGCAGACACGGUGUUCAUUUCUGAUUGGCUGCCAGCAGAAAAACUGCCUAACAAAGAGUUCACAGGAAUGCCUACGUACAUAGACAAUGACGGAGUAAUAUACCUCCACGAUGUGUGUCAGCAAGAUACCCUGGAUUUGAUUCGUAAAGCAUUAGACAUUCGUUUCAAGAACCCCGACCCUAGAGCUAAAUUUGUCAAGUGGUCCGUUGGUGAGCCAUGCGUCGCAUUAUACUAUCUAGAUAAACGUUUUUACAGAGGACGAAUUCUCGAGGUCUGUGAUGACAUAUCCAGUUGUGUUGUGCAGUAUAUCGAUUAUGGUAAUGAAGAAACUUGUUCUUAUGAGGAUUUACGCAAGAGCAUUGCGCUGUACCAAAUACCUAUACAAGCCCACAAAUGUGUCUUGAGCCGGAUCAAACCAGUGGACGACCACUGGAACAGACAAAUUUUAGACUAUAUUCACAAAUUUAUGGUCGAAAAGAAAUGCCUUAUUAAAGUAUCCGGUGAAACUGACGGCGAUGUGACACCAAUAGAACUGAAAUAUGAUAAGUUGUGGCUAAACGACCACUUGGUGGAAUUUGAAAUGGCUGUAUACACUGACGGUAGUAAGGCUUGUGUACGAAAGUACGCGCCUCCAACCGUUGAUAAACUCGCUGAAGAAGCAAUCGAAUCUGAUUCUGGCCCUGAUUAUAUUGUUGAGGAAUCGACUGAAACGGGCCCGAUGUCGACAUCGGCAGAUUCCAUCGAUGUGAGAGCUAUGCGAGGGAAAGACUGGAAUAAAUUGCUCGAUGAUGACGACGACGAAGAUGAAAUAGAAGAAAAAUUUACAACAUACCCGAAAUUCGAUAAAACUGAAUUUCUGUGCAACGUUACUAUUAUUAACGAUACCAAAACAAUGGAACUUAAUAUUAUCCACGACGAUGAAACUAAUCUAAUAUAUGAAGAGAUGUUCCGUAAAUUGCAAGAGCAAGGUGAAAAUAUGAGUCCGUUGAACGGCAUAUUUGAAAAUAAAGCUUGCGUUGCUCUGUUCCAUGAAGAUGCCCAGUGGUAUAGGGCGUCCAUCUUACAACACAGUGAAGAGAAAAACCUAAUCAAAGUUCGUUAUGUGGAUUACGGAAAUAUUGAAAUAAUUUCUUUAGCUGAUGCUAGAGAAAUAACAGAUGAUUUUUCUCACCUUCCGCCCGCUUCUAUACAAGUAAAGAUACAUGGUGUUGAACUUAAUCAAGACUUAGAAAUAGAUUUGAUAUCAAAGGAGUUCGCCAGUACAUUUUUAGAAAAAGGCCCUUUCACUGCUAAAGUGAUCAACUACAUUGAUCCAUACCCAAUUGUUGAACUAAGAAAUGACGCCAAUGAAUUGGUAUACGAAAGCCUUAUCAGUAAAGGCGUUUUUCUAAAGUCUGAUAUUGUUAAUUCAGACGCCUAAGUGUUGUCUCAAAUGUUUUCAAAAUAUUUUUUCUUUUAUAAGUAACUAUGUUAAGUUUGAUUAUAGUAGACGUUACGUAGUCAAUACUCGUCUCGUUAUGCGGGUCUUAUUCAAAUAAGCUUAUAUUAAUGGUAUAAACAUUAAAAAAACGAAUCUA